UAGGACUAAACAGUUAGUUAUAGUAUUAGCUUAACAAAGAUUAAAAUAAGAUUUCAUAAUCAUGGAUGUAGCAGAUACUUAUGCCACUCAAAGUCAAGUUAAAGAUGAGGUUGGAGUUCGGUGCCAGAAAUUGUUUCAAGAUUUUUUAGAAGAAUUCAAAGAAGACAAUGAACUCAAAUAUGAAAAACAGGCUAAAGAGCUUCUUAAACCAGAGUUAAGUACAUUAGAAGUCAGCUUUGAUGAUGUUGAGAAAUAUAAUCAAAAUUUAGCGACAACAAUAAUAGAAGAAUAUUACAGAAUAUACCCAUUUUUGAACCAGGCUAUAUUGAAUUAUGUGUUAAGUCUCGCUGAUAGUAGCAUGAAAAAAGAUUUACAAGAUAAAGAAUGCUAUAUUUCAUUUGUCGAUGUGCCAACUCGGCAUAAAGUGAGAGAAUUGACAACUGCCAAAAUUGGUACCUUAAUAAGGAUAUCAGGACAGAUUGUGAGGACACAUCCCGUUCACCCCGAACUUGUGUUAGGUACAUUUGUGUGUUUGGAUUGCCAGACUGUCAUUAAAAAUGUUGAACAACAGUUUAAGUACACAAUACCAACAAUAUGUCGAAAUCCUGUAUGUGCGAAUCGUCGUCGUUUUAUGCUGGAUGCUGAUAAAUCCAUUUUUGUUGACUUCCAAAAGAUUCGCAUUCAGGAGACACAGGCAGAGCUGCCUAGAGGAUGCAUACCUCGUUCACUUGAAGUUAUUUUAAGAGCUGAGGCUGUGGAGUCUGUGCAGGCAGGAGAUCGUUAUGAUUUCACAGGUACACUUAUAGUUGUCCCAGAUGUGGGCUCUCUGUCUUUACCUGGUGCUAAAGCAGAACUCACAACAAGAACAAGAAUGGCUAAUGAAGGUCAAAUGGAAGGCAUUAAAGGACUAAAGGCUUUAGGAGUCCGAGAGUUACAUUAUAAGACAGCAUUUUUAGCCUGUAGUGUUCAAGCUACUUCAAGACGCUUUGGUACUGGAGAUUUAGCUACUGAUGAUCUAACCACUGAAGAUAUGAGGAAGCAGAUGACAGACAAGGAAUGGGAUAAGGUGUAUGAAAUGUCAAGAGAUCGUAACCUGUACAACAAUCUCAUCACAAGUCUAUUUCCGAGUAUACACGGUAAUAAUGAAGUCAAGAGAGGCAUAUUGUUGAUGCUGUUUGGAGGUGUCGCAAAAACUACUAUUGAAGGCACGACGCUGCGCGGCGACAUCAACGUGUGCGUGGUGGGCGACCCCAGCACGGCCAAGUCGCAGCUGCUGCAGCAGGUCAGCACCAUGACGCCGCGCGCCGUCUACACCAGCGGGAAGGCCUCCUCGGCCGCCGGCCUCACCGCCGCCGUCGUCAAGGACGAGGAAUCUUUCGACUUCGUUAUAGAAGCGGGUGCGCUGAUGUUAGCCGACAAUGGCGUGUGUUGUAUCGAUGAAUUCGACAAAAUGGACCCCAGCGAUCAAGUCGCUAUCCACGAGGCUAUGGAACAACAGACCAUUUCUAUAGCUAAGGCAGGAGUACGAGCGACUUUAAACGCGAGAACGUCCAUCUUAGCCGCAGCGAACCCUAUCGGCGGUCGAUACGACCGAGCCAAGUCGUUACAACAGAAUGUCGCACUAAGCGCGCCGAUCAUGUCCCGUUUCGAUCUCUUCUUCAUACUGAUAGACGAAAGCAGCGAAAUGGUCGACUACGCUAUAGCAAGGAAAAUCGUAGACCUCCAUUGUAACAAGGAGGAGACCUACGACAGCGUGUACUCGAGGGAGGACCUGCUGCGAUACAUCGCUUUUUCGAGGUCAUUCAAGCCGCUCAUUACAGAGGAGGCGGGGCGGCUGCUGGUGGAGUACUACGGCGCGCUGCGGGCGCGCGAGGGCGGCGCGGGCGGCGCGUGGCGCAUCACGGUGCGCCAGCUCGAGUCCAUGGUGCGCCUCGCCGAGGCCAUGGCCAAGAUGCACUGCAGCGGACACGUGUCGCCGCACCACGUGCACGAGGCCUAUCGAUUACUUAACAAAUCUAUAAUUCGCGUCGAGCAACCUGACAUACAUUUGGACGAAGAAGACCCACAGUAUGAACCUAGUAUGGAUGUUGAUCAAGAAAUAUCCAGUGCAACAGCAAGUUCUGAGAGUCAAGUUAAUGGAGAUCAAGCAUCAAAGAAGAAAUUGACACUAUCGUUUGAGGAAUAUAAAUCUCUUAGUAACAUGCUUGUCGUGUUCAUGAGAAAGGCAGAAGUCGAAGCGGAAUCAAAAGGCGAGGAAAGUUCAGGCAUGCACAAGAGCGCCGUUGUGAGCUGGUAUCUGGAGCGACUUGUGGCGCAGGGACAAAUAGAAAGCGAAGACGAACUGCUGGAGAGGAAAACACUAGUUGAGAAGGUCAUCGACAGGCUCAUGUACCAUGACCAAGUAAUAAUUCCACUGCAAACAACAGGCCUUAAAUCAAGCAAGUCAUCAGAGCAAGAAGUAGAAGAUGACCCGCUCCUGGUUGUCCAUCCCAAUUAUGUUGUUGACACUUAACUCAUUCCUGUUUAAAGCUGGUACUUUGUAAUAAAUCAUUGAUUUUUUAAA